GAGCAGGAUCUGAGCUGAGGGUGGGAUCAGCUGAUGAUAAGUUACACGUGUUACAGUGCAAGGGUCUUACUUUACUCUAGUCUACCUCAAGAGCUGGACUAUCACACUCACCAGUCUGAUAUGAGAGGUGCACAGGACUGAAGAGGAACAAGCCACCCCUCUCAUAUUGCUUUAUUUUAUUUUAUUUUAUCAUAAUUUCGGUUGUUUACUCCACCACUUUCACUUGAACCAAAGAUGUCCUGCCUGUUGCUUGGAGUACUAAGGAGGUGGAAUGCCAUCAGUACAGCUUCAAUGGGUGUGCGGUCACUCGCCUCCAUCCCCUCUCUGCCCCCGUCGGUGGCGGAGUUUGUGUCGGGCGCUGUGGCUGAAUGUAAACCUACUAAAGUGCACGUGGUCACAGGCACUCCAGAGGAGACAGCAGACAUCCUGGCCAACCUGGAGAAAGAGGGCAUGGUGAAGAAACUCAGCAAAUAUGAAAACUGCUGGCUGGCACGUACUGACCCCAAAGAUGUGGCUCGUGUGGAGAGUAAAACUGUGAUUGUCACUAAGGACCAAAGAGACACUAUUCCCAUUCCCACCGGAGGUGCCAAGUCCCAGCUGGGCAGCUGGAUGAGUGAGGAAGACUUUCAGAAAGCCAGAGAGGACCGCUUUCCUGGCUGCAUGGCAGGACGCACUAUGUAUGUGAUCCCCUUCAGUAUGGGCCCUGUGAACUCUUCUCUUGCUAAGUUUGGUGUUCAGGUGACAGAUUCUCCAUAUGUGGUGGCUAGCAUGGGCAUCAUGACACGCAUGGGGACUCCUGUGCUGGAAAAACUAGCCGAGGGUGCGGAGUUUGUGCGCUGCCAGCACUCUUUGGGCCGACCUUUACCACUCAAAGCUCCUUUAGUAAACAGCUGGCCUUGUAACCCGGACAAGGUGUUGAUCUCACAUCUUCCUGACACCAGACAGAUCCUGUCCUUCGGCAGCGGUUACGGUGGAAACUCGCUCCUUGGAAAGAAGUGCUUUGCUCUUCGUAUCGCCUCACACAUUGCCAAAGAUGAAGGCUGGUUGGCUGAACACAUGCUGAUUCUGGGAAUCACAAAUCCUCAGGGUGUAAAACGUUACAUUGCAGCAGCGUUCCCGAGCGCUUGUGGGAAAACUAACCUGGCCAUGAUGAAACCAGCGCUGCCAGGCUGGACGGUUGAGUGUGUGGGCGAUGACAUUGCCUGGAUGAAAUUUGACAGUCAGGGUAAACUCAGAGCCAUUAAUCCAGAGAAUGGUUUCUUUGGAGUUGCCCCCGGGACGUCCCUGAAGACAAACCCUCAUGCCAUGGCAACCAUCUCCAGGAACACAGUGUUCACUAACGUGGGAGAGACCAGUGAUGGGGGAGUUUGGUGGGAGGGUCUGGAACCACCUGCACCUGGAAUCAAACUCACAGACUGGCAUGGAAAAUCCUGGAAGUAUGGUGAUUCUACACUGUGUGCUCAUCCGAACUCUAGGUUUUGUGCCCCAGCUGGCCAGUGCCCCAUCAUAGACCCACUCUGGGAAAGUGAUGAGGGCGUCCCCAUUGAUGCCAUUGUAUUUGGUGGAAGAAGACCAGAAGGUGUGCCUUUGGUGUAUGAGUCAUUUAACUGGCGUCACGGUGUGUUUGUGGGUGCAGCCAUGAGAUCUGAAUCCACAGCUGCUGCUGAACACAAAGGUAAAGUAAUCAUGCAUGACCCCUUUGCCAUGCGUCCUUUCUUCGGUUACAACUUCGGUGACUACUUGGCCCACUGGUUGAGUAUGGGGACGCGCAAGGGCCAGACCCAACUCCCCAAGAUCUUCCACGUCAACUGGUUCCGGAAAGAUCAGAAGACCGGCUCUUUCUUGUGGCCAGGGUUUGGAGAGAACGCCCGCGUCCUCGAGUGGAUCUUCAAACGAUGCGGCCGUACCAGUAAAGACGAGGCUGCCACCAAAAGCAUUGUGGGAUGGAUUCCACAAAACGGUGCCAUAAACACAGAAGGCCUAGGUGGAAAUAUCGAUAUGGGUGCCCUCUUUGACCUGCCCAAACCCUUCUGGCAGAAGGAAACACAGGAGCUUCGGACCUACUUCGCCCAGCAGGUUGGAGCUGAUCUGCCCGCACAAGUGGAAGGAGAGCUGAGGGCGCUGGAGGAGAGAGUGAGGGAUUGAACAGAUGCUACAUUACAUUGAUGUUGUGCAGAUGUGAAGAAUAGGAUGGGAUGAGGUGGAGGUAACUGUUUUAAUGUGACUGUUGCACUGCAGUGGAUGCUGCACCUGAGAAACACAAAACCAAAAAGUUCACAAGAUGCCAUCAGUGUUAUCAAUACCUAGGUGCCUUAUUUGAUCUUACAGUAGAAGCUAAAAACUCUAUUUAAUGUUUAUAAACUAUGUCCCAAAAUGUCUUUUAGAUUAUUUUACUAAAACAAGACCACAUUAUGAAUUUAAACCACAGCAUCUUCAAAAUAUAUAUAGUUUAAGAG